AUGAUUACUUCAGGUCAGAAUCGAAUCCCGCCCGAGGAAAGUCUGUUCUACUGCCAGCCUGGACAGCAAGAAGCAUGUCUAUCUAACACCACUUUGGCUGUGACAUUAGGAUCUGAAGCAGUACGUCCUUUAUACGAAGUGACAUCAAACUAUCUAAAUCACAGUCUCUCGGACCAAAGUACAGAAUUGCAGACUCAAACUUCAGAAGAUGGCGAUGCUAGCGCUCUCAUGCUUCAGAAUAAACUGGCUGGUUGCCAGGGCAAUAGUUUCUGUGUUUUCGACCUCCGUGAAUCCACCAGCUUGGGUGAAAAUGUCUGGAAAAUGGCUCAUCGUCUCGGCAGACUUUUCUGUCUUGGGGGGCAGAUAUGUGAGUUUUUGAACAAACUUUCUCGACAUAUAUAUUUUGCACUUGUUUAUCGUAGCCUCUAG